AUGGACAGGUUUGCCAUCAAGGCAGGUGUCCGCUGCUGGUUCAUUUCGUGGCUACCCCUGGCCCCAAACCAGCCUAGGUCGAGGACGGACAGUUUCAACCAGAUCCUGUCUGAACAGCCUUCUUACAGCAGUGUCCCACUCCAGGUAGCCAGUCGGGAAUUCCAGACCAGUGUUGUCUCCCAGGACAUUGACACAGCGGCCAAGUUUAUUGGCGCUGGGGCCACCACAGUUGGUGUGGCUGGUUCAGGGGCCAGCAUUGGAACAGUGUUUGGCAGCUUGAUCACUGGCUAUGCCAGGAACCCGUCUCUCAAGCAGCAGCUCUUCUCCUAUGCCAUUCUGGGCUUUGCCCUGUCUGAGGCUAUGGGGCGCUUCUGUUUGAUGGUCGCCUUCCUCAUCCUCUUCGCCAUGUGAGGCUCCAUGGAGGUCACCUACCCACCCCUGCUGCUUUGACUCCAGGCCAUGCCCGGUGCUGGA